UUUUUUUUUUUUAUCCCCACAGCAUUCAAUGCCGUUUUUACAAAUAACAAUGCCUCAGGUAGAUAUGGUCCACCAACACAAGGCAGUCAUUACACAGGUCAGGAUCAUGACGGACAAGCGACAUUAUCCAGUGGUAUUCAACAAUGGACUGUGCCUUACAGUGGUGAAUACAGAAUAGAAGCAAUAGGAGCAGCAGGAGGGUACGAUUCAACACCUAACAGCUCUCAGUACCGCGGAAGAGGAGCGAAAAUGAUUGGAACAUUCCGUUUAAACAAGGGUGAAGUCAUUCAGAUACUUGUUGGUCAAGAAGGAGGAAUAAACGAAUGGAAUAAGUCCUCUGCAGGUGGUGGAGGCACCUUUGUAGUGAGAGGAAGCAGAACACCUUUGAUAAUAGCUGGAGGCGGAGGAGGCGGUCAAAGUGUUAGAGCAAGACAUGGAGGAUGCGACGCCAGCACAAACACAACAGGAAAUCCUGGAUACAAAUCAUGGCCGGGGGGUAGUAAUGGACAUGGCGCACAGACUGCCGAUGAUCAAUGGGCAGGUAAGGCGGAAUAUUGCGAUGAUCCCUUCCAACUCCGCUCCUCAUUUAGCUAUAGAGAACACUAUUCACGUUCCGUUUUAUCAAGCCUUACACGACAUCUUUAAAGACUAUUAAUAAAUACUUCGAAAUGACACAAAAUUGUAAACGAUCUGCCAUAAUUGCGCAAUAUUGAGGUAACAUACGGAAUUUUGUUUAUGAGUGGCAAAACUUUGGAAAACUAACUCGUUCAUAUAAUCACUCGUUCGUUUUUCCGAGUUUUCUAACUCGUGAAUAUAAAUCCCUACGUCGUACUUGCUAUGAAGAAAUCUGUAGAAGUCUGAGAAAGGUUGUCGCAAAAAAAGGACAAAAGUGCACGCCGCGACAAUCUUGAAAGUUAAUCUGGUAUCUGGUAAUUAGUAGAUUUUAAUGGGCCAAAUCAAUUGAUUGAUACCUUGUGCUUACCGUGAAGUUUUCUCAGAUUUCCAUGUAAUUCUGAGGUAAAAGAAACGUGACCUGACAACUACCCACAUUACCUCUCGGAGUAGUCGCGUACACUUUUACACUUUUUGGCCGACAACCUUUCUCGAAGCAGCUGUAUCCACCAAACGGGUCACGUCCCAAUACGAAGGCAUCACGUAAAGGAUUGACCACACUGAUAUGAGUGCAUGUGAGUGUUUUGUUUUUCGCAAUAAAAAUGCCAAUAAUCGAGAAGCGUAACAUUUCAGUUUAACACAGUUCCGUUUUUGUUUAUUAUUGAAAUUUUUUUCAGGUGGUGGUGGUGGUGGGUUUUACUCCAGUGGAAGAAGUAGUGUAAAUUUUGGCGGAACCGAGGGAAAAGGUGGAGAAGGUGGUAAGGGAUUCCUUCAGGGAGGGGUAGGUGGAAGAUCCUUGCAUAACGAUAUCGUUGGUGGGUUUGGAGGAGGAGGUGGAACUCACGGAUUCAGAGCAGGAGGGGCAGGAGGAGGAGGCGGAUACUCUGGGGGAGGCAGUGGAAAAGGCAAAGGGAAUUCUUGUGGGGGUGGCGGUGGAUCCUUUAAUGUUGGACACAAUCAGCAAAAUGAUUGUUGUUACAAAACGGCUGGUCAUGGUCAAGUGACCAUCACAUUUCUGAUAAACUGA